AGUUUCGCAUACAUAAGUUGAGGAUUUUUUUUGCGUUGUUGUUUCCUUGUACUGUCUUCAAAGACCUAUAACUAUGUUCAUGUCCUUCGUUCUUCCGCUUGCUCUUACAGCGUUGGAUGCUGUUGUUUUUACAUUUAUUUUCGUUUGCUGCGUCGAUCUCAACCCCUCAUCGCCCCUCAUCGUCGUCCAUGCCUCUCCACAACGAGACAACAUCGAGAAAACCACGACCAGGCCCGCCCGUCGCUCCCUGGAAGUGGGGGCUGCCGACUGGAAAAUGCGGCUGGAGGGUUUUGUCUGCAAAGGACUGCAAGAACUACCAACAUCAAAUGCCGAGAACAAUCCGUAUCCGACCGACACGUGGUGCGCGAAUGAGUGCAGCAAGGACACGGCGUGUGAGGCGUAUCUGUUUCAUUACGGGACAAAAACCUGCUACGUGGGCUCGUUGAACAAGCCGACGCAGUGCAGGGGGUUGUUUGCGAACUACGCGAGUUUGCAGGAGGUGGAGAGGGAAUUGCCGGAGCUUUUCGGGUAUGAAAUGCAAAUAUGUCUGGGUCUGGAAGAAUGAAAACUUGUGAUGCGCAUUUCACGACACGUAAAAAUCUCUCAUGCCUAGGCAGCAAAAGCUGCCCACUUUCUGUCACUAAAGUGGAGCAUUUGCCAUGCGGAUUCGGCAUUGCGGAAGCGAAGCCUCUCGAAACCUGUCAUGCUCAAGCUGCCAUGCCAGACCUUCUGUGUCAUGCAAAAGCAGCAUGACUCUUCCAGACCCAGACAUAUUUGCAUUUGAUAUCGGCAAUACUGCGAGGAGAACCAACACAGGCACGGACGACGAAGCAGAUGCAGAGCCCCCCGACCCGCAACUGAUCGGCGCACGGGUGAGAACACCUACGUAUUUCACGGUGAGAUCUUUCACGCCGGAAAGAUUCUGCUCGAAAGCGAUGCUUUCCUUUGCCGUGCACGCGAGGCCGCUGGACUACCUGGGAAGCUGGGAGGACGACGACGAGGAGUACGAGAAACAGCAGAAAAUGAUAGCGGCGAAAAAGAAAGCAAAAGGGAGUACAACGACAAAUAAUAAACCCCUGACGGACAAAGAUACCAAAACUGGCGAAUCCUACGACUUGCUCCCGGUUCCAAAGAACGGCACCUGGUGGCAAGCGGUGUAUGCCAGCACCAUUUGGCGCAAUGAAAUGGUGGACGCAGCGAAGCGCAGAAGAGGGUACGGAUUCUUCCUGGAACGCCUCUACGAUGACGCACAGACGUGGAACCAGAGUGCUCAGACGUCGGGGGCAGGUUUGGCGAUAAUGUCAACUACACCAGCGUCUUCUUCUUCUUCUGGAAGUUCAUCAAGUUCCGGAACGUUGAAAGCAAAAGCGGUUGCUCAACCCGCUUCUUCAACAUCCUACUUCCCAGCAACAAGAGGCUGGGUCGAUUAUCUGGAGAGCCAGCCCUUGUAUAACAAAGACCUGCACAGGUGGAGGAAAAGGAACAGGAACAGUCAAAAAAAUUCUGGUUCUGCUACGGCCACAGGUGCGCUUGUUCAACAAAAUAAACUUCGCCAUAAAAAUUUCUCCACGACCGGAGUUCAGCUUGACGAGCAGCAGGCGCGGAAGUCCAUGCUCGAGGCUUUUCUCCUCAACCGCGAGAAGAAGAAAAUCGCCGCGGCGAAGAACCUGAAGAAAACGGUCGAGAAGUGGGAGAACGGCGCGGUCUCGGGCGUUCCGAUAAAUUUUUUUGACGAGGAGACAUACGACGAAAAAAGGCGAAAAAGGUGGUUGUUGAACGAGGGAGGUGAUGAAGAUGCCUCACAACCUGCUCGUCCCUCCUCUUCCGACUUCUCCACCGACUUCGCGGUGAUCUCCCCGUGGCGGGAUGCCACGACGCUGACUGGCCACGCCAUGGACAAGCCAACGGUAGACGUUUGCGCGGGCCGGAAGCACGAGCACCAGGUGGAGCCGAGUUCCAGAGUCAAGCGGUUGCGGAAGUUCGUCCAGGGGAAAUUGCAGCAGGGGAUUUUGGCGGAGUUCUUACGGCAGAUCGAGUGGGAAAAGGACGAAGACGGGAAGCCGUUGGUGCUGGUGGAGGUGGACGAAGCAAGACUACAAGGAGCCACUUCUUCCACGCGACUCAACGAGAACCACAAACUCUUCAAAAUUUUCUCCGCGGAAGACGAGCGGGACGCCGACCUCGCCGCGGGCAGGUUCUCCACCCCGGAAGUUACAUCAAUUCUCCAGGACGAAAUUCCGCAAAGGUUCGCCUUAGCGGACUUUAUGGCGACCGACAUCACCGAACUCUACCCUCGGUCUCUUUUCCGGGUCCGGGCCGUGAUGUAUGAAAGUGCACAAGUCCCCCUCCCCCUCAUUUGUCAUGCAAAACAGCAAAUCCACCCUUUAUUUCCCUCUGGUACUGCUAGCAUGACAAAUUCCAGAAGCCGCAACAACACUGGAAUUAUCGGUCGCAAAUUUAUUGUCAUGCAAACGCUGCAUUGGUGCCAGGACUUGUGUUGCUGUUCAUGCCCUUCAAAUGAGGGGGUGGAGGGGGAGUUGUGCACUGUCAUAUGAUGCCGCAGCACCUGCGCAGCGGGAUUUUCCUCAACUUUGGGGCGGGGGAUUGCGACCCGGUGUUUGAGCCCGGGUUUCGUCUGGUGAACCCGUUGUACGGCGUGCGGGGCUUGAUCGAGGAGGAGAGGAAGUUUGUCGAACUGGUACUCGCUUUGAUUCAGAUUGACGUGACGAAAAUGCACGACGUUUUGUCGCAGGAAACUGACGAUAGGAAAUCUGAUCAAACAAGGCGGAAAGGUGCGGAAAUUUUCAAUGAUAUGGUGGCGGUCGAGGAAGGGGUCAGGGUGAUAGAAGAAAAGCAAAGAGAUGUUGAAAUAAUUGCCGCGACCGGGAGUGGGAGAAGUAGUAAAAGUGAAGUGGCAAAGCUGGGACGAGAGAAAAAGAAACACGUCGAGACGUUGCUCACCAUGUUCCUUGAAUGCGCGAAGUUUGCCGGCGCGGUGAGCUCCUUCUACGAUAAGAAGAUCGGCCGGCAACGCUGGUUCUCGACGUUUACGCGGGACGUAGCGCAGUGGUUGGACCUGCUUUUGCCGCCUGGAAGGCGGGAGAAAAACGGCGCAGAGCAUGCAUUUGCUUUUCAGCGGGAAAAAAGGAAUGGACUUGCAGCCGCGAAGACCAAGAACAAUGGUACAAUCACCAGUGCAGGAGCUGGCAACAUGGUAAAGCCAGCCAGUACGAGGACAACUGUGGCGUCGACCUCAAGAACGGGCACCAGUACCAUUUCCAUAAAACUCCACGAGCUCGACGCUUUUCUAGAGGACGGUCCUCGUAAAGCGGCCUCAACCUCGUCCGCCGGCCAUGGUGCAGCCAUCGGCAACAACCAACGUCCCUCCGGGGAACUAAUCCUCCGCGCUAUCUACGAGGAGCGCGUCCUGCCCUUUGCGGUCGGCAACCUACAACAAAUUCGGAAGCAGGUCCAAGCCGUUACCGAACCCGCCCUGACCCGCGGUUUUGGGUGGGAGUACCUGGAAUCCCGUGCCGAUGACUGCCGCGCGAGAAAAUUGCCAGGCCUGACGCUGAAGUCCGGGAUCGGGGUCACGCCGCAAAACGUCCACCAUUUGCUGGAUGAAACUGGGUUGUUUCGGGAUAUCGACGAUGCUGGAAAAGAAGUAGAAAGCUCCGCUCCGCCCGGCGAGCCGACUAGUACAACAACUUCACGAACCGUUCACAUCCCUUUUCCGUUCCACCACACUGCAAGUAGAUCCUUCGCUACUUCUCAAACAGGUAGAACCGGUCAGCAAGAACAUCUUCUUCACGCGGAGACUACGUUGAAGCGGAAAGUCGCGAACCUCCUCCCACUGCUGCAACAGGACGAGGAACACGUGAGAGAGGCGGAAGAGCAGGAAAGAGCAGAAAAGCCGCCCAUCGAGUUCGUUUUCAUUGACAUUGACAGUUGGGAUUUCGAGGUUUUGCAGGCGAUCCACAGGCGAUCCAUGGAGUCGGGCCGGAAGGUAUCCAGUGCAAAUAUGUCUGGGUCUGGAAAAGUGGAACUGGUAAUGCGUGUCAUGCAUUCCUAGAAAAUCUGUGUUGCAUGAGCAGCAAAAGAGAAGCUUUCUUUGUCAUGCAAAAACGCAAUUUGUAUUGCGUGCUAGGCAUCAGCAGGCGUCUCAAAAACUUGUCAUGCUUGGUUGCCAUUGGAAGCGCUUCAAUCAUGCGCAAUUCAGCAUCACAAGUUUCCAGACCCAGACAUAUUUGCAUUUGAUAGAAGGUGCUGGUUUACCACGUGGAGAUUGCCGCCCAGUUCCCGCCGCCCUUCCGCUAUACCAGCGUCUUCGACCCGGAAGUUGUCCAAAAGCAGGAGGAAACGGACACGGCCGAGACCCGGAAAACGCGACUGGCUCUCGCGAAAAUGCAUGAUUCCGGGCAGGAUCGCGACGUGCGGGUGAGACGGGCGGUGGACGCGGGCGGAGUGCCGAGUUCAUAUUUGGGAGGGAAAACGAUGAAACCGUCGCAGGAGAAAAUAAACGCGGCAGAUAUUGACAAAAAUACAGGUGGUGAAAGAACAUCUUCAACUGCAUCACCUACUUCUUCCGACGGCAGUGAUAGCGCUUUUCUCUCGUCGCUCCCGGGCGCCGGCCACCCCUUUUACGUCGGGAUGUCGUUACAAAUUGUGGCCGACCUGCUUUUUGGCACGCAUUCCCUGUUCAACGUGGGCGGCACGGAUGCCAUCUUCGUGCACAACGACCUGCUGCCCUACGUCAACCACCACUACGCCACGAAGCUGCCGGCGCCCACAUUCCUCUGCUGGGCGCACGCGAAGCUCUGGUAUCCGUUUGUCCCGGAGUACGUAGCGGAGUGGGCCUUCGACAGCGGGAAAUCGUUGCAGGAAAAGGCGGAAUUAAUACGAAAGAACAUGACCAUGUGCGACAAAUUUGACUCGCUCAACGGCGUACAGAAACUGAACCCCGAUAGUGAAAAAAGUCUUAAAUUUCGCUUGGAAGUGUGAGAACUUGAUGAACUGCGGUCGUGGUGGAAUGAGGUGCAGUAUAAGAAACACAGAUAAUGCCGUGGUCGAC